GCUUUUAGGUCAACGAGAGAAUCAUAAUGGCUCUGGCUGGUUGGCUUCGCAGAAUAACAAGAGAGUUCUGUUCCUUCAGUUUUCCCCCACACGUUUUAACACUUGAAUUCAGAGUCCUCACCUAAAAAUUUCCAAGCGAUGAAGCUCCCUUCGGAUUUCCUUAAGAUAAACAUCGAUUCACAUUGAUGUUGUGAUCUUUAUAAUAAUAAAACAAUCUAUACCGAACAGCUCAACUCUGUCCCUUCACAUCUCCUCUUUAAGCGUUUCACUUCGUAAAAAUUUCAUAUCCUAACUCGAAAAAGCUUUAUUAAAUUCAUAAAAGAUAGAAAGAAAAUUGGAAACCAGAUCUCUUCUCAUUCAUUUAACAGUUGGGCCCGGCAAUGGCGGAUUCUAAAUCCGACCCUGACUUCUUGAAGGAAUUCUACAUUCCUACAUAUAUAUUUAAUGACGAAACAAAGACCUCCUAUGUUCCCGAUGCACCUAAAUUUCCAGUGCUAGCGUUUAUCAACUCCAAAAGUGGCGGUCAGUUGGGUGGGGAUCUUCUUAAAACAUAUAAAACUGUCCUCAAUGAACACCAGGUUUUCGAUGUGGGACAAGAGGCCCCUGAUAAGGUGCUUCGCAGAGUUUACACUAGACUGGAAAAGCUGAGACAAGAAAAGGAUGAAUUUGCUGCAAAGAUUCAUGAGAGACUAAGAAUAAUUGUUGCUGGUGGUGAUGGGACAGCUGGCUGGCUUCUGGGGAUUGUUUGUGAUCUUAAAUUGCCACAUCCACCUCCAAUUGCUACAGUUCCUUUGGGAACUGGAAACAAUUUGCCGUUUUCUUUUGGCUGGGGCAAGAAGAAUCCUGGGACUGAUCGUAAUUCCGUGUUGUCAUUCCUGGAACAAGUAAUGAAAGCAAAGGAAAUGAAAAUAGACAACUGGCAUAUUCUCAUGAGGAUGAGAGCUCCAAAAGAAGGUUCCUGUGAUCCUAUAGCACCUCUUGAGCUACCACAUUCUUUACAUGCAUUUGGUCGUGUCUCUUCAACAGAUGAACUGAACAUGGAAGGUUACCAUACAUUUCGUGGUGGAUUCUGGAAUUACUUCAGCAUGGGAAUGGAUGCUCAAGUAUCUUAUGCUUUUCACUCUGAGCGAAAGCUGCAUCCAGAAAAAUUUAAAAACCAGUUGGUUAAUCAGAGCACUUAUGCAAAGCUUGGUUGUACACAAGGGUGGUUUGCCGCUUCUGUUUUUCAUCCUUCUUCAAAGAAUGUUUCCCAGCUUGCAAAAGUGAAAAUCAUGAAGAAACAUGGUGAAUGGCAAGACCUCCACAUACCACACAGCAUAAGGUCGAUCGUAUGUCUCAACUUGCCCAGCUUUUCUGGUGGUCUAAAUCCUUGGGGAACGCCAAGUGGCAGAAAACAGCUUCAUAGAGACUUGACUCCACCUUAUGUAGAUGAUGGCCUCCUCGAAGUUGUUGGUUUUAGAGAUGCUUGGCAUGGGCUUGUGUUGCUGGCUCCAAAUGGACACGGAACUCGGCUGGCACAGGCACACCGAAUCCGCUUUGAGUUUCACAAAGGUGCUGCUUACCAUACGUAUAUGAGGAUUGAUGGGGAACCUUGGAAGCAACCACUGCCGAUUGAUGAUGAUACGGUUGUGGUUGAAAUUUCUCACCUUGGACAAGUGAACAUGCUUGCAACCCAAAAUUGCCGAUCGAAAAGUGUCCAUGAUGGUACCUCAUCAACUAGUCAUCAUAAUGGUGAGGAAGAUGAUAGUGAUGAAGAAGACUCAAGAAAUGAGGCAGAUGAGUAUAGGAAAUUUGGUGCGGCAGACACGUUCAGAAUCGCAGAUGAGGUUGAUAUUUCUCUACUUAGUUAAACUUGAUAUUUCAUUUGUUGUGCUCAUUACUUAACGUGUAACAGUGAUUCUCGGGGUUCAGUAUUAGUUUGGUUUCAAUAUUACUGUAAAAGUUGCCAUUCAUAGUUAGUUAAUUUGCUCGUCUUAGAUGAUCCCAUCUUAACGAAGCCCUUAUCUGGGGGAACUUGACGUCUUACCGGUAUUUUGGUUUCGGUUGGGUUGGGUAAUUUGGCGGCAUUGAAAACUGUUUUGUUAUCUUAAAAGUUUCCCCGUUUUGUGACUGUUAAUCAAGGUUUAUGCUAUUCAUUUUU